UCAAGUCCAACUCAACGCCAACUCCGACAUAUAAAUACCAAGGACCGGGACUCCUGGAAAUCAUCGGAAUCUGAGUGACAAGUGUCCAUCUCACUCACGCUGCGGCAUACCUCCCAUCCAGCAUUUACUUAAAUCAUCAUGGCCGUGGACUCUUCAGGCGGCCUCACGCCCGAGCAACUCGCCGCCUUCAACUGCGACGGCUACCUCAUCAUCCCGAACGCCCUCACCCCGGCCACUGUCUCGUCGCUCCUCGCCGAGACCAACCAACUCCUGGACUCAUUCUCCCUCGACGACCACCCCCUCACGCGCUUCUCCACGGGCCAAAAGUCCGAGCACGUCGGCGACGACUACUUCCUCACCUCGGGCGACAAGGUCCGCUUCUUCUUCGAGGAGGACGCCUUUGACGACGCCGGCUCGCUCACCAAGCCCAAGGCCCGCGCCGUCAACAAGAUCGGCCACUACCUGCACGUGCUGUCGCCGCCGUUCGCACACCUCAUCGACGACGCCGCCGUCCGCGCCGCCGGCGAGGUGAGCCCCGCGGCCGUGGCGCGGUCCAUCGGCUUCGCGGACCCGCGGUGCCUGCAGAGCAUGGUCAUCUGCAAGCAGCCCGAGAUUGGCGGCGCCGUGCCGCCGCACCAGGACUCGACCUUUCUGUACACCGACCCGCCGUCCGCCGUGGGCUUCUGGUACGCCCUCGAGGACGCCACGCUCGAGAACGGCUGCCUGAGCUUCCUGCCCGGGUCGCACCGCUGGGCCGCCGUGGAGCAGCGGCUGGUGCGGAAGCCCGGGGACACGGGCACGGAGAUGGUGGACAAUGACGGGCCCCGGUUCCCCGGGGGCCCCGAGUAUGGCGUUUCGCGGCCCGAGGGCGGCGACUAUGUCCCCGGCGAGGUCAAGGCGGGUGACUUGGUGUUGAUCCACGGCAACUUGCUGCACAAGAGUGAAAAGAACACAAGCCAGAAAGGGAGAAUCAUCUACACGUUUCAUAUCAUCGAGGGAGAUGGCAGGGAGUACGACAAGAGGAACUGGCUCCAACCGCCCAAUGAGGGCUUUACGAGGUUGUUCGCCUAGGACAUAUAUGAUACGACUAUUGUCACGAGUGUAAAUCAAGGC